AUGGCUCUUUCAGCAUCGCCAUUUCAGGGGGAUCUGUCGUUAAAUGCCUGGGAUUUCGCGGCUCGCUGUGAUUGGUCCAGGUGGCAUGAGUUCUGGGUGGACGAGCGGGCCGUGCCUCUGACUCACCCCGACAGCAACUACCUGCUGGCGCACACGCACUGGCUCUCAAAGGUGCCCAUUCCAUCCGCCCACAUCCACACUCUCGACGACUCUCUCCCAGUGGAAGCAGCAGCAGAGGCGUAUGAGCGCGAGAUGGCGCGGUGUGUUGAGGCUGGGGUUCUGCCGAUGCACCCAGUGGAAGCAGCAGCAGCAGAGGCGUAUGAGCUUGAGCUGAGGCAGUGCGUGGAGGCUGGGGUUCUUCUGAUACACCCAGAUAGGGUGGCUCAUCCUGCUAGCCCUGCUAGGCAUGCUCUUUCCGUCACCCUCAGUUGA